AUGAAACUGAAAGGUGCACUUGUUGCUUUAUCUAUAGGAGUAGAAUUCAACAAAGAAGGAGGAAGCUUACCUAAAGCGAAUCUACCAGGGCUGAAGAAGGAGGAAGUGAAGGUGGAGAUCGGGGACGAUAGGGUUUUGCAGAUUAGCGGAGAGAGGAAGGUUGAGAAGGAGAAGAACGAUACUUGGCACCGUGUGGAGCGCAGUAGUGGGAAGUUCGUGUGGCGGUUUAGGCUGCCGGAGAAUGCGAAGAUGGAUGGGGUGAAGGCAUCUAUGGAGAUUUACCUCCGCUGUUCUUCAAAACACCUCUCCUGA